ACGCACGACACCACCACCACACUUAACGUCAGGCACAGCCGCUCCGCGCUCCCACUUCGACAAAGUGCGCCGGGCAAGGAGGAGCGGUGCAGGGGGAAGGGACAACGUCGCGCGCUCCCUGGAUGCACGGGCGUCUCGUGAACAUGAGAGCGUCCCGCUCGUUGACAGAGGGUCCUGCGACUCGCUCAACGGCUUCUCGGUCGGCUAGCCAGCCAAGCAAGCUUAGCUGAGCGUUAUUGUUCAUUUCGUUAUUUUUUAUUGUUAUAUUAUUCACAGCCGCACGCGCGCACGGCACGCACGCCGUACGUGCGAAUGGUGUGGUUAGUGUCGCCCAGGCAAGCCAUGGGCGGUGGGUGCCAUGCGGGCAGCAGCGACUCGUUCCUAGCGAUGUCCCAUGGAGCACGGAGCAGCAACAGCAGCAACAUCAGCGUCGACUUGAAAUAAAUAGCGCGACUUUUUUUGUGCUCAGCUCUCACGGACUACCGCCUACCGCAAGAGGAGACUUGGCAACUACCACUGAGAUGCGCGAGCGAGGCUCGAGUACCUCGCGCCUCUAAGUCGUACGCGUAGACCCAGCCAGGGGUAAGAAUGAAUGUGUACAAUUCCAGCGUUACGCAUUCACAGCCAACGGUCUUGAGCCAUGGUGCGAGCGAGUCGCCUCUCCGCAACGACACCCUUCAUCAGCCGGAGCACGUGCCCCUGGAGUGGACCCUGAGCCUCGGCGUGUUCAUGUCGCUGGUGGUCUUCGUCAUCCUCCUGGGCAACUCCCUGAUCAUCGCGUCCGUGGCGAGGUUUCGUCGAUUGCACACGCAGCCCAACUACUUCAUCGCGUCGCUGGCUUGCGCCGACCUGCUAAUGGGCCUCAUCGUGGUGCCGUUCGGCGCCACGCUCAUCGUCUCCGGCACAUGGACGUGGUAUUUCGGCGAGACAUUCUGCGGCUUCUGGACGGCGCUGGACGUCAUGUGCGUCACGGCGAGCAUCCACACGCUGUGCGCAAUAGCCGUGGACAGGUACAUAGCCGUGACGCGGCCCCUGCGAUACGAGACGCUCAUGAACAAGAGGAGGGCCAGGAUCAUCAUCGUGUCCGUGUGGGUCGUGUCCGCGCUCAUCUCCUUUCUGCCCAUGCAGAUGGGCUGGUGGAAGGAGUCUUCUCGCAAAGCCACUGUCCUCGUGCAGGAGCACCUUCCCAACAACGGCAGCGGCAACGGCAGCAUGACCUGCGAGUUUGACAUCACUCCGGGCUACGCCAUCGUUUCGUCCGCCGUCUCCUUCUACCUGCCCAUGUUCGUCAUGAUCUUCGUCUACUCCAAGGUGUUUAGGGAGGCUCAGAAGCAGCGGGAGAAGAUAGACAGGUGCGAGGUGAGGUCCAACCACCACCAGCACCACCAACACCACCACCACCAACACGAGCACAACAACCAUCAGCAGCAGCAGCAGCAUCAGAUGGACAACGGGACGGGCCAGCCAGGCUACACGAGUCCCAUCGAGCGCAGGAGACCCACGGGGAGCAGCGGGGGAAAGAAAUUGUCGCAGAUUUUGUCGCGCAAGGACCACAAGGCUCUCAAGACCAUGGGGCUCAUCAUGGGCACCUUCACGCUGUGCUGGCUGCCGUUCUUCGUGGUGAACAUCGUGCAGGUGUACUGCUCGUGCGUGCCGCGGGGCCUCUUCGUGAUGCUCAACUGGCUGGGCUAUGCCAACUCCGCCUUCAAUCCCAUCAUCUACUGCCGCAGCCCCGAGCUCAGAGUGGCCAUGAAGCGUCUGCUCUGCUUCUGGAGGUCGCGAUCGUCCGGCUCGGGAGGUCGGGUUGCGAGGAGACCCCUUUCCUGCGGGACGUCGGAUGGGGGUUUUGUUUCCAGUCCGGGAUGGGCGUCCUCCAAGAGAACGUCGCAGCUACCCGAGACUUUGUCCGCGCAAGGUUUUCUUCUGGACGAGGGAGGAGGUGGGGGUUCGUGCGUCGUCACGACGCCCUGCGGGGUGAGCUGUGAAGAUGAAGGGACGGCCAAGGUCACCACGGCCCCAACUAUCACCAACAACACAGCCACCAACACAGCCACCACCACCACCGCCGCCACUGAUGGUGGUGGUGGUGGAGAGGAGGCCCCGCAUGGAGACAAUGGAGUGUUGGACGCGAACGGAAACGCACACUCGUGCCAGUGAUGAGGCGAUCUCUCUGGCCGCGUGAACUCUAAAGGCGUGUGGAUAUAUAAACUACAAUCAGCGUGGGACGCCUGCUGCCUGAACCCCGACCUCUAGGGGGUCGAGUCCUGCGGACCCGGUGCCGUCUGCUCUGCAUAGCCAAUCGUCACCCAACCCUUCCCCCGGCCGUGGCGGAAUGGGGCAGCUGAGGCGAGAUCUGGCGACCCCUCGCACUCGUGACGCGCCCGCGACGAGUUUAAAACCACGCGGUCGCGCGACAAUUUCUCGUCCCAAUUUUGGGCUCGCACCUCUACGCCGUUCAUCAGAAAUUCUUUCCUCGCAUUGCCCAGGCCCUUGUGUGUGUGUGUGGGGGGGGGGGGUGGCCCUGUCUCCUGUUCUACCGUGGGACGCGAUGUCCCUUUGAUGGGGUUGGCAAAGCCUUGGCAACACCCCCCCCUACCUCCAUGUCCAAUUCCCGGAGUGAACGCGUUGCUCCGAUAAGAGGCGGUAAGUCUCUUCGUGUGCCCCUAAACAGCCCUUGAGAGCGCGCCACCACUUUUUAUUUUUUUGCAGGAUUGGCAUCUUUUCAUUUGCUUGUGGUCAGCCUGGAGAUCUGGUUUCAGGCCUCUCUGUAGGAGAACGAGUAAGGAUGUGAGUUUUAAUGGCAUCCGCAGGAGCCGCGGGUGUGUGUGUCUGCGAUUUCAUGCGUUAUACAGGACUGUGCUUAUGUUCAGCCCUUUGUCAAUCCGCUGCUAGAUGAAGGCCUCCUCAUUCCGUGUCGGUCAUUGGUAGGGUUGCCACGUCUCAGGCACAAAAGAGCCAUGUCGUGAUAAGGUGAAUAUCUCACAAUACCAGUAGAGAGAGGAACGACACGUCAACUGACAAAAACCGGGACUUUUCAUUUUGAAUGAUGCGGGAAAACUUACAAACUCAACAGGAUAGCUCCCUCAAAAAGAGCACAAUCCUGGAAAAAGCAGGACAGGUGGCAACCCUCGUCAUGGGGAUCGUUCAGCCAUACUUCACCAAACUUGUCAGUGCGGGUUGAUCAAUUGGAGAGCAAAACCAGGACGGGUUCAGGUAUCGCUCGCCACUGACGUGAGUGCGAGUUGAAGCCUGAUCGCUGGGUUUCGUAUGCAGUACGAUAACCACUUACGCCACCACUCCCUGCCACAACUGUGUCACCAGAUUUUUAGCUGAUUGUGUGUACUCUCUCGUUGGAGUGGUGGCAUUCCACACAGUGAACCCAGCUGCCCGAUUUCGAAUCUCAACCCACGGCUAACAAUCGUUGGUGGGUUAUAUCUGCACCGAUCCUUGGAACCUCCCGCUUACUUCACCAACUAACACUACCUCAGCGUGGGGAAGUAUGGUUGAGCGACUCCCAUGGGUGACGCAGAAUAGGAAGGGCCUUCACGCGGCAAGCAUUGACAAAAUGAAUGGAAAUUCGUUUCACUCUCUUGCUGGGCAUGAAUUACGGUUGUUGGCAGCAAAUUGCAGAUAAUACACAGAGCCAGAGCCUAAUAUGUAUUUUAUAGAAUUCAAAAUAACUCACCGUCUAGUUUGUGAAAAUAUUGUUACAUUUUAUCUCUCUCUAUAUAUAAAAGUUAAUCUAGUACAGCACAGACAGUCCGUUUAAGACGUGAGCACAUCGCACCCAAGUGUUGCCACGCUUCAUUCUUCACGACCCGCAGGGACAAUGCAAGGGUGACUCACAGCUGAUUGGCCGCAGCGAUACCGAGUCUACGUGCACUGCUGCCACUGACGUUUCAAAGCCGCAAACGUGGUUUCGCGAUCCCAUAUAUUGAGUUACAACGUGCUGGGAGAGGAUUUAUGAGAAAGGGAUUUACACAAUUUCUGGGUUCCUAUUCAAGGUUCUUUCGGUAAAGUCACGUACAAUAAAAUUCUUUUAUUAUGUUUUAUUUUUAUCAUUUUAUUAUUUCCCUUUUACGCGACUUUACCGAAAGAACCAAGAAUAUGAAUCCCUGCAGUCACGAAAGCUUUAAAUCGAAAUUUCUGGGUUCCCACGUCGAUCGAGUGAAUGCGUUGGUUGAUUGGGCUGCGUUGCGAUGGGACAGUAUUCUUCGAAUGUGAACGCGAAUCUUGUUUAUUUCGUGAUCCGUGGGUUUGUUUGUCGUUGUAAAUAUUAGUUUUUUUGUACAGUUGUCGAUCAAAUGUUUCGAGUUUUCAACAAGCCAAUGUCUUAAUCCCAAGGCACUUAUUAUUAUUAUGAUGAUGAUGAUGACUAUGACCCCCUGCUGGAGAGAAGCGGCGUGCGAUUCGAAUCGCCGACGGUCCCUUUGCACGCGCUACGCGCAACAUUCCAAAAUAAUUUAAAGGCGGCCGAUGGCUCGCGUGCGAUUGAAAGGCCGGCUGCAUACUGCCCAUACCACGAAGCGCCGUAUGCACACACCCCCCCCCUCCCCACGUCUCCCACCAUCGCAUGCGGUUAAAUAUAGGUCGCUUUUUACGGGGUUUCGUGCGUAAGUGCGCGGAGUAGAAUUUCGUUGUUGCGCAUGCUGUCGAGGAGGCACACGUUUACCUUGAGGAUUGAUGCGUCAAAGAAAUGGUUGGAUGACACCCCCACCACCUCCACACGACUGGCGCAGUGCUACUUAGUGCGCGUAAUGCGGAGGGGGGGGGGGAGACGAUGUUUGACGUGGAAUGUUCCACAUUUAAAUUGACGGGGAGGCGGAAUUCGAAAACGUGCGUUGUGUCACGCGAAAUAUUGGCCUGUGACGGGGCGUGCGGGCAGCAUGUAUGGAUGAAGAUGUGCAAUAAAUGUUUUCUAUAUGAGGAUGAACAUUGAAAACAAACAAAAAAA